AUGGAAGCUCUUGUCAAGUGCGCGGAUGGCGCCCUUCGCACGCUACCCGAAAGCAUUGCCAAUAACCCCAUUACCGUGGCUCUGAGUGUGCUGUCCAUCUUCCUUCCAAACGUGGUCUACAUCCCCAUUUUGAGAGUCUUUGGCUUUGGCACGGGCGGUAUCAUGGCCGGCACUCUCGCGUCCAAGCUCCACGCUCUACAAGCACCUCUGGCCGCAGCAGGCGCCAUCUCAACAGCCCUGAGCGCAGCCAUGGGCGGCUAUGGCGUUCCCAUUUUGAACUUGCUCGUCCGGGUUGGGGCUGUCAUCGGCUGGAUCAUCACGUAUCUUUGGAAGAGGACGGCUUAG